AUGCUGCUCGAUUCCUCGCUGGAAGAGGGCCUCAAUUCUCUUUAUCAUCUGUACAUGGACUCUCCUCCACCACCCAGCUCGUCCAGCCCUACCUUGCGACUCGCGCCCUCAUCUACAUUCAGCAGUCAGAUCAGCAAAACUCAAAGUCAGGGCAUACUCAUAACAACACCUCCAGAACUUCGACUGCGAAACCCAGUACCGGAACCUCAGAAUGCCGCCGAUUGUUCUCAGGCCGAUCAAAGUGCUUCUCAAGCAAUCCAACAGGCAAGCCAACAAGCAUCGCAGUCAAUACAGCAGGCAUCACAAUCCGCCUCUCAGGCCUCACAACAAGCCGCUCAGUCAGCUUCCAACGCCAUCCAACAAUUCUCUAACUCUGCCUCGCAAUCAAUAGCAGCAGCUUCAAGAAGUGUUAGUAGUGCAGUAUCGUCUGCUAGUGCUGCUGUGGCAUCUGCAAGCUCACAGAUUGCAAGUAUACAGUCGUCUGCUUCGGCAGCUGUAUCAAGGGCAAAUGGAUCUAUGGUGAAUGCGCAAGCCAGUGUGACUUUAGCCCAGGCACAAGCUUCUUCAGCAGUGAUGCAAGCAGGAGCGGCAGUUGCAGCCGCAACAGGUUCAGCAGCGGCAGCCGGCUCUUCGUUUCUUGCAGCGGCAUCAAAAGCUACACAGAGUGCUCAAGCCUCUGUUUCAGCGAUUGGCGCACAAGCCUCACAGCAAGUGUCACAGGCGAGUCAGCAAGUCACUGCCUCUCAAAAUGCAGCUGUGACGGCAACUCAAGCUGCUCUGGCCAUCGUUGGAAGCAUCAUUGCAUCGGCUCUGAUCACCAUCUUGAUCUUCUUCCUUGUUGCACGGCACAAGAAAGCCGCCAAACGGAAACGUGGUGACCCUGAUGCUUCUCUUGGAAAUGUCUACUUCUCAGACCCAAAAUUUCCAAUUUCAGAACAAGCCGCUACUACGGCUGUCCCAUCUCAACCAGCUUAUACUGGUAAUCGGGAUGUUGAUCCCAUGAGUGGCUCUCAAGUAACUUUCUCACUGUUCCCAAGAGCUGGAGAUGAGAAGCCUACAGCUGCAGAGAAAAAGAAAAACGAAGAAUUACGGAGAUCGAUCGUCAAAAGCACUACCGUACCCUGGAAUCCUAACAAACCACCGAAAGCCCCAACACUCGGCUCCUGGCUCAAGCUCCAAGAUGGGGUCUCACCAUUCGGUCCCAUCAAGCUUCCUCUCGACGAUGAGAAAUCCGGCUCACCUCUCGGAGGUCAACUCAAAUCUCCCAUGACCACCAAACCCAUCGUCUCCCCUAGAAUGUCCUCAAGAAUGCCAAUACCGAUCCGAAGUCCUGGCCUCCCACCAAACCGCAGUCCCAAACUACCCGUCCUGAUGAACGAACCAAUCUCCGUAGCGGGGAACGCAUCAACCAUAACCGCGGUCCCUAAGAGUCCGCUCACACAAACAGUAGCAGCUACAAGUCCCAAGAAACCCGAUACGCUACCUCAACACUCGACGCCUGGCCCUGAAUAUAGAGAGAGCAAAGCAAGUGUAUGGACCGACGAUAUACCAGAUCCCAGUCCAUCGCCACCACUACAAUCUCCGCCACCAGAAUUGAGAGGAAAAAGAUCACUGGAUAGAAGGCCGAUCAACUCGAUGCAGAAAGUUACAAACAUGGAGAUCCCUACACCAGUAAACACCGUCCGGAACACAGCCGAAUGGUUCGCGGAACGUAAUCGCAUGGACUUUGCGCAAAGGGAUUCUCGAGUCUCGCAAUCUCAAUACCAACCUCAAUAUCAACCAAAAUUUCGACCCCAGUACGGGAACCAAUCUUCAGCCUACGUCGAAACUUCAAAGAACAAUAGACCAUCGUUCGGCUUGCCGAGGGGGCCGAGACUCGGUGCGGGAAUGGGGUUACCGAGUCGUCCUGGCCCAAGUCGACAGAUUCGAAGUUCAGAGGCUGAAGCUGGGUAUGUGCAGGGUCUGAACAGGUUCUUGCCAGAUGGGAGGUUGAAUGAUAGGGGAAGUCUGUUGAGUCGGAUGGGAAGUGAUAGGAGUGCUAAUGCCAGCACGCCUGGAGGGAAGAGUGUAUUGAAUACUCCUGGUGUGGGGAAGGCACUGUAG